CGCCUAAAAUUCCCACCUCAAUCCCCAAUUUUCCCUCCUCAAAACCCUAAAUUCUGCCCCCUCUUAAAAAUCACAGAGAUCCCAAAAUUUUCUCUUCCCCUAUUCUUCUCCCCUUCUUCUCCUCUGUUCAAAGGCGAUAACUCCCGUCCCAUCGUCGCCUCCCCCCUCGCCCCCGCGCCCUCCUUCUCCUUCGACAUCGUCGUCCCCGUUCGUCGUCCCGUCGUCGCCUCCCCCUCAGCUCGCGAAUGUGCUCUCUGAAUCAGGCCUGGAGAUUUUUAAGGUUCCUCUGUUUUCCUUUAUAAAAAAAACAUCGCUAAUCUCCAAUUUCUCCAGCUCCAAAAAAGCCCUAAUUUCUCCGCUAAUUCAAUGCAUGGGGCUGCUGGAAACUAUCCUCAAUUGGCUCCGAAGAACGCUGGGAAAACUUCCCUUGUGAAUGUCAUCGCAACUGGUGGAUAUAGUGAGGACAUGAUUCCUAUACCGACAGGGGAGAAUGGGGUAACGAGGGCGUCGAUCAGUAUUGACUUGCAGAGAGAUGGGUCGCUGGGCAGUAAAGCGAUUAUAUUGCAGAUUGAUAACAAAUCUCAGCAGGUUUUAGUGAGUGCUCUUAGGCAUUCUCUGCAAGUAUUGUUGCUCUUAUAAACGUCUACCUACCGAUGAAUUUAUGUUUUUUCUCCUUUAUCUGUGUAGAGUUACUGAAAGAUGCAUUGAUCUGUAUCGCUCAAUGACAAUUACUAUAUCUUUUUUCAGAA